AGAGCGAGUGCGCCGCGAGGUUGCGGGCUUGCGGCGCGGAGCGGAGGAGCUGAGGAGCGCGGAAGGUAGCGCGGCCUGAGGCGGGAGCGGCCCCGCGCCCGGAGCUCCCCGGAGCGGCCGAGCUGCCCGCGCAGCGCCCGCCGCAGGCAGCGCGGCCCCGGCCUCAGGCUUGUCUGGGAGCUCAGUUGCUGAGAUAGAGAUGUCUCAAGGCAUUUGGAAUUCAGAGAUGUCUUUUUCCACCUUCUGAUUGUGUAUGCGUCACAAACCAAUGGUGUCGAAUGAUCCUGUGGCCUGCCUCAAAAUCCCAGUAGAUUCUGGAAUUUGGUUUGAAUCUCCAUGAUCAUCAACAAGGAAAUCCAGAGCAGAGGCCACAGGUCACAGGCCUUCCUGAGAACUUGGUUAAGUGGCUCUCACUCAGGGAUUGUAGAGAGAGCUGCUCUCAAGCUGACCCACCACAGAAAAUCAUCAGGGUGACCUUGAGCUGCAAAGCUGCUGUCCACGUGGACUGGGGCCAACAUUGCACGUCCAUCUGCCUGGACCCCUGUGUCCAAACUCCGAGACAUGGCGACCAAUGGCAGCAAGGUGGCUGAUGGGCAGAUCUCCACGGAGGUCAGUGAGGCCCCUGUGGCCAAUGACAAGCCCAAAACCCUGGUGGUCAAGGUGCAGAAGAAGGCAGCGGAUCUUCCAGACCGGGACACAUGGAAGGGCCGCUUCGACUUUCUCAUGUCCUGCGUGGGCUAUGCCAUCGGCCUGGGCAAUGUCUGGAGAUUCCCCUAUCUCUGCGGAAAAAACGGUGGUGGGGCCUUCCUGAUUCCCUAUUUCCUGACACUCAUCUUUGCGGGCGUCCCACUGUUCCUUCUGGAGUGCUCCCUGGGCCAGUACACAUCCAUUGGGGGCCUCGGGGUGUGGAAGCUGGCCCCCAUGUUCAAGGGUGUGGGCCUCGCUGCUGCUGUGCUGUCAUUUUGGCUGAAUAUCUACUACAUCGUCAUCAUCUCCUGGGCCAUCUACUACCUGUACAAUUCCUUCACCACGGCACUGCCGUGGAAACAGUGUGACAAUCCCUGGAACACAGAUCGCUGCUUCUCCAACUACAGCAUCAUCAACACCACCACCAUGACCAGUGCUGUGGUAGAAUUUUGGGAGCGGAACAUGCAUCAGAUGACAGAUGGGCUAGACAAGCCAGGUCAGAUCCGCUGGCCUCUGGCCAUCACCCUGGCCAUUGCCUGGAUCCUUGUGUAUUUCUGUAUCUGGAAGGGUGUUGGCUGGACUGGAAAGGUGGUGUACUUCUCGGCCACAUAUCCCUACAUCAUGCUGAUCAUCCUGUUCUUCCGCGGAGUGACCCUGCCGGGGGCCAAGGAGGGCAUCCUCUUCUACAUCACGCCCAACUUCCGCAAGCUGUCUGACUCCGAGGUGUGGCUGGAUGCAGCUACCCAGAUCUUCUUCUCCUACGGGCUGGGCUUAGGAUCUCUGAUUGCUCUAGGAAGCUACAACUCUUUCCACAACAACGUUUACAGGGACUCCAUCAUUGUCUGCUGCAUCAAUUCAUGCACCAGCAUGUUCGCAGGAUUUGUCAUCUUCUCCAUUGUGGGCUUCAUGGCCCAUGUCACCAAGAGGUCCAUUGCUGAUGUGGCGGCCUCAGGCCCAGGACUGGCGUUCCUGGCAUACCCGGAGGCGGUGACCCAGCUGCCCAUCUCUCCCCUCUGGGCCAUCCUCUUCUUCUCCAUGCUGCUGAUGCUGGGCAUUGACAGCCAGUUUUGCACUGUGGAGGGCUUUAUCACAGCCCUGGUGGAUGAGUACCCCAGACUCCUCCGCAACCGAAGGGAGCUCUUCAUCGCUGCUGUCUGCAUCAUCUCCUACCUGAUCGGCCUCUCUAACAUCACCCAGGGGGGCAUUUAUGUCUUCAAACUUUUUGAUUACUACUCUGCCAGUGGCAUGAGCCUGCUGUUCCUCGUGUUCUUUGAAUGUGUCUCCAUUUCCUGGUUUUACGGUGUCAACCGGUUCUAUGACAACAUCCAAGAGAUGGUUGGCUCCAGGCCCUGCAUCUGGUGGAAACUCUGCUGGUCUUUCUUCACCCCAAUCAUUGUGGCGGGUGUGUUCAUUUUCAGUGCUGUGCAGAUGACUCCUCUCACCAUGGGGAGCUAUGUGUUCCCCAAGUGGGGCCAGGGCGUGGGCUGGCUCAUGGCUCUCUCUUCCAUGGUCCUCAUCCCCGGGUACAUGGCCUACAUGUUCCUCACCUUAAAGGGCUCCCUGAAGCAGCGCAUCCAGGUCAUGAUCCAGCCCAGCGAAGACAUUGUUCGCCCAGAGAAUGGUCCAGAGCAGCCCCAGGCCAGCAGCUCAGCCAGCAAAGAGGCCUACAUUUAGGGGUGCUGGGCAGCUCGCUGACCCAACGUUCUCACCCCCCAAUCCGGCUGACCAUGACUACCACUUGAUGUGUGAAGAUAGCGUCUAUCUCAACCUACCUCGAGUGGCGAGUCCAGACACCAUCAGCACGCGGAAAGGGGAGGUGGGGGACAGUCACACCCCUGGUGGGCCCCGCCAAGGGCAAAGAUACCUGAUGGCUCCAACACCUGCAGGCUGGUGACCUUUUUAGUCCCGGCCCCACAAGCAUCAAGCAGUCGGCAUUGGUGACUGCCGAGGUAGAUCAUUUUUAUCCUGCCAGCCAGUGUGACGCGGUGAAGCCACACACUCCUGGCUUUUAGUCGUAUACCUGACUGUUCUCCUACUGCCAAAACCCAUGACUGUUAUCUUGGACUCUGCAGGAGUUCAGUUCUGUCGGAACGCUGCUCUGUACAUGUGAAAAGGGCAUUUUGUAUAAUGGGGAUGUCCAGGGAGAGCUCAUUCUUUAAGUAGCAGGGAGCCAGUGGAGCUCUUACUUUGAUUUUUUUGUUUUUCCUUCCCGAGGCAGCUUGACAAAACUACUGCACCCCCCCGCCCCUCCCCGCAAGGACCUCAGUAUUCCAGAGCUGCUUUUCAAGCAGUCUGCAUGGUGUCCUUUUUCCCUGCCACCAGCUGAAUGAGCAGCUCUGUAGCUAAGGUUCCCUGUCCCUCCUCGCCGGGUCAUUCUAAUUGCAUCCGGCCCAACAGCGAUCAUUCCAGACGGGCCCUGCUCACUGGAAAGCUGCCACAGCACAGUUGAUUUUUUUAUUGCCAUUUCAGGGGCUUAAGAUCCUGCUGGGGUAAUUCCCUGAUCAGGAGCCCCAGUUUCUCUAAGGCUGCCCAGUUUCAUGGAGCACAAAACAGGUGCAGAGGAAAUCAAGGUAAAGGUUUGUCUGUCCUUGAGUCAAAACGGACCCACUUAUCUUUCAGUCUCCCUCUUAAAAACUCCCUCACUGCCACUCCAGGCAAAGCUGCUGCCUUCUCACCUUCUUGGAAAUUCCUCAGUGGGAAACUCACUGCCACUAAAAUCUACCCAGCCCCUUAACUGAGGACCUAGUGUUAAUCCAGAGUCCCCACCCCCACCCCAAGUGCUUCCAAGACUAAAACUGCUUCAUGGGUAAGUAGUAUUUGUUCCUUCCAGAACUUCCAGAACUGGGCUCCACUGUGGUGGUGGCAGAUUGGGCAAAGACAGUUUCUCGCAAGCUUCAGUAACUCAGCGUUUCUCAUUUGCCAGGAAGAUGGGUUCCCGUGUAGCAAAUCCUCUGUUGUGCCCUGUAGCUCCUUAGCUAGUUAGCUCACAAACUGUGUUUGAUGACUAAUCCUUAAUAACUAAGGUAAAUAACUGUGACUGUGGGUUUUUUAAUCUCUUGUCAUUGUCAUCCAAAAGUGACCAGCAUACCAGUUCUUGCAAUAAGGUAUUACCCUCAGAAUAUUAAGCACAUUAUUGUAGAGAAAACAAAAAGUACAUGUACACAUGUAAGUGCACACACACAUGUACAUUCAUCCUCAUGCGUGGUUAUAGGGUCUCAUUUGAUAUUGUGUAGGAAAGCUAACACCUUUUCCUGCGGCCAUCUGUAAAAUAGACUCAUCGCUAAGGCAUCUGGUGAAUCCAUGAUCAAAAUGCAUAUGUGUUGUUAAAUUAGGGUUUAGAAUGAAAGGAACCCUUCACUGUGUCUCAUGGCCCUACUCCCAAUCCUGUGUGAAUUCCUUUAGAAUAAGGACAGAGAGACUUCUAACUUCCUCUUUGUUCUUCAAUGUGAAACUAAGGCCAAGUCUUUCUAAGACAAAUGCAGUGUAUCUAAUGUUUGUAAGCAAAUCUAAGUGAGAUGUUUGGCAAGAAAUCCCCUAACUGAUUUCCAUCCAAACCUUCUUAUAUAGCACAGUAUUACGUGUCGUACAAUUACUGUGAUAACCGUGAAUAUGUGUACCUUUUAUAGUAUUUGCCUGGCAGGGGGAAAAGAUAAUUGUAUUAUCAUAUAUGCUUUUUUUUGCAAUAAGGAUUUAUUCUCAGAACACCAAGUAAAUCUAUCUCUAUAUAAAAAAUAUAUGUAAUAUAUACAUAUUCAAAUAUAUACAGAGCCUGUUUUAAAAAGAAAUCAACAGUAUUAUUUAGUAAAAUUAUCUGUUCUAUGGACCAAAUGUAAAAUAUUUAUAAAUGAAGAUGCAUUUUAAAGGUCUAUAAAUGGUGUCAGAAUUAGAGCACGGGUGUUAUGUACGUUUCUAAGAAUUUAGAGGAAAAAUAAUAAAGGUUCUAUGAUA